AUGUCCGAGUCCGAGCCUGUGCUCCAAGACACAAGCAAGCUAGUGGUGAACAGUGUUGUAGAGCUUUCACUAGUGGUAACUGAGCGGACAUUGUACCUACUGUCAAGACAUGUCAAGAGUGCACAACAACAACAACAACAACAACAACAACAACAACAACAACAACAACAACAACAACAACAACAACAACAACAACAACAACAACAACAACACCGACAAAUUGAAAAUAAUUCGCAGUAA